GACUCCUCGCUUACCACGAAACCUACACGCAAUCGUUCUCUUCGUUCCUUAAAGAAUUGGUCACAUAUUUUUCUUCGUCAAUUUCGAAGAGAUAGAUAAUCACGAAAAUCAUGGGUGGCGGAGGAGCGUUCAGAGCAGCGGCGAAAGUAGCCGGAGUCACCGUCGCUAACAGCGGCUUCCGCUCUGUAACGGCGGAGCAUCCAGUUUAUACAGCCGCGCGCAACGUCGUCCGUCCGGUGUCGGUGUCCGCGAUAACAUCAUCCUCGGAAGAUGUCAAGUCCGGCGUGGUUCACGGUGGUUCAGUCGAUGUGUCUUCGGUGCAAAAGAUUUUGUCGGAAUUUGAUGACUGGGAGAUGGCCGGCGGCGAGGAGGACAUGAUCGUUAAGUCUGGUGAGCCGCUGCCAAGAGUCGUAUUCGGUGGAGCGCCUUCUCUUCAGGAAGCUACAGAGGCUACUUCUGAUCUCAAAGAUGCACUCGAAAAGGUAUACUUGUCCCAGCCUGCUAGUGAUUAUGGAGGUUCUUGUAUUUCCGGCUCAAGCUUAUUGCCCUUCUCAAAAGCCUGUGUUGCCAGCAAGACUGUUGUCACUCCUUCCGCGCCGAAACAUGCUAUACAGGCAUUUAGGUUUCUAAGUGAAACUCCUGCAGCUCAGAGUGUUGUUGCUUCAAUUGCUUGUGACCCAAAUGUGUGGACUGCAGUACUGCAAAAUCCUGCCCUUCAAGAAUUCCUCGAGUCACAGAAAACCAGUGAGAAAUGUGCAUCAUUCCCUGACUUGGAUCAAAAGAUGGAUGAGUCCGUUGCUGAUACUGAUUCCUUUUCUCAGUCAUCCCCAAGGAAUGCGUUUUCCAAAUAUGAGGCGGAAGAGUCUAAAUCCAAGAAUUCAUUUACAGGUUUUCUGCAGAAUGUUACACAUACAGUGACACAAACAGUGAUCAAUAUGAUGAGCAGCUUGUCGGAUUACUUUAACAAUCUCUUUGGAGGCACCAAGGUUUUUAUUGAAGCUGAUGGAAGUGCUAAAUUAGGCGCUGUGGAAAAGACGUUGGGAGCAUCUUUCAUCGGCUUGGCAAUCAUGGCUAUUAUGGUUGUCGUCCUGAAACGCCGUUAAUUAUCAAUGUCCCCGAAGUUAUUUCAAUUUGCCGAAGUUACAUCACUGAGUGUUACAGUUUCUUUAAGUACUGAUGGUUUUGGUUGAAUAGGACUAUGAAUGACUUACCGAUUAGGCUUGUAAAUUAAAUAAAGUCGUUUUUGAAAGUGUUAGGUCUAUUUCUUCACUCAGUCAUCUAGAGAGAGAAGAUUAUUUUGGCAUUUAGCAGUCACUGGCUGCAUCUGCAUGCGACGUUAACUUGGAUUUAGGGGGACACCAUGUAUUUUGCAGGGAUUCUAAAGUUCAAAGUGCAUCUUCUCUACAUCGUAUCCAGUUGUUUCUUUUGUUCAA